AUGCACUCCUUCAGGACGACAUCCAUCGCCCUCCUCUCCCUCUUCACCACCACCCUCGCCCAGACCUUCACAUCAUGCAAUCCCUUGGAGCGGACCGAUUGCCCGCCCAACACUGCGCUGGGUGUCGGCAAUUACUCGAUUGAUUUCACUCAGAAUACAAUGUCAGACAAAGUUUGGAAUGUCACGGCUGGCGGAAUCGAUUAUGGAGAUGACGGUGCCGAGUUCACAAUCAAACAGCGUGGCCAGUCGCCCACGGUCCAGACAAACUUCUUUCUGUUCUUUGGUCAAGUUGAGGUUAUCAUGAAAGUCGCCAAAGGUCAAGGCAUAGUGUCUUCAGUUGUUUUGCAAUCGAUGGACCUCGACGAGGUGGACUGGGAAUUUAUCGGAGGCAACAACUCAUUUGUCGAAACUAACUUUUUCAGCAAAGGAAAUCAGACUGACUACGGCAAUGCCAUCUGGUAUCCCAUCAAUGACCCCCAAAAUGAAUGGCACAAUUACACAUUGGAUUGGUCGAAGGAGAAGCUUGACUGGAUUGUAGACGGAAACAUCAUUCGCACUUUGACAUAUGAAGAAGCUAAUGGCGGCCUCAAAUUUCCCCAAACUCCCUGCGAUGUUAGACUCGGCAUUUGGGCAGGUGGUGAUCCCAAAAUGCCCAAGGGUACUAUUGAAUGGGCAGGUGGCGAAACCGAUUACGACGAUGCUCCCUUCACCAUGACUGUGAAGUCUGUCAGAGUGUCAGACGCCAGCAGAGGUACUCAGUAUGUGUAUGGCGACACCUCGGGCAGCUAUCAGAGUAUUAAGAUCCUCAAUGACACUAAACCCAUCCAACUCGACGGCGAAAACAGCCAAUCAAGCACUCAAUCCAUAAAACAGAAGUGGAAUGGCCUCUCCCAGCAGACCAAGUACAUCAUCAUUGGCGUUGUCUGCGGCGUCGUCAUCCUCUGCAUCCUCAUCUUUGCAUUCUGCUGCAUCCGCCAGCGCCGCGCCGGUAAGCACGAGAAACUGGUCGAGGACGCCAAAUACGAAAAGAUCACCUCUGAGGUCAUGGCGUACCGGGCAGACAUGUCGAGGAUGCGAGCCGAGCAAAAGAUGAUGGGCACCAGCGUUCACGUCAGCCCCGUGACUCCCAUGAUGGGCAAUGCAGGAGUUUCUGUGCAGAAUUUCGGCAAUGCGUCGCCCAUGGUGGGUGGCGGGCGAAGCCCGAACCCGGGUUACGGAUACGCGAACAGCGGAUAUGCUAGGGGCUAUCAGAAAUAUUGA